GAGUCUUCAGUGUUUCUCCGCGCUUCCGUUCGUGCGUUUAGGUUGUGGUUCGUUGUGGAAGCUAGUAACGUCGGUUUCGAAGUUGAAAUUAGUGUUUUGCGGAGAGAAGUAACAAAGUCAUCGUUUUUUAAGUAACGUGAAGAAAAUGGCUGAAAGUAAGGGUGCGUUGAUUGCGAAAACAGUGCAAAAACAUGCAGGCAGAGCGAAGGAGAAGUUUCUUCAGAAUUUGGGCAAAGUGGAUAGGACCGCGGAUGACAUAUUCGACGAACAUCUGCAGAACUUCAUGAGACAGCAAAAUGCCGCGAACAGAUUGCAAAAAGAGUUCAACAAUUACAUCAGGUGUGUUCGAGCGGUUCAAGCAGCGUCGAAAACACUCAUGGAUUCCCUAAACGAGAUCUAUGAAAGUCAAUGGACAGGACAUGAUCUUUUGUACGUGCAGGCUCAAAAUUUAGACAUGUUGUGGCAGGACUUCACCCAUAAGCUUGCUGAUCAGGUUCUCGUGCCUCUCAACACAUAUCAGAGCCAAUUCCCAGAGAUGAGGAAAAAGAUUGACAAGCGUGGACGGAAGCUAGUAGAUUAUGACAGUCAAAGACACAAUUUCCAAUCGCUACAGUGUAAUCCAAGGAAACGGGACGAGCUGAAAGUUUCUCGAGGAAAAGAGUUACUGGAGGAGGCUAAGCGUACAUACGAGCAACUAAAUUCCGAACUUCAUGACGAGCUACCAGCUUUGUACGAUUCGCGUGUUCUCUUCCUCGUUACUAAUUUACAAACGCUCUUCGCCGCUGAACAAGUGUUCCAUACUGAAAGUGCUAAGGUGUAUUCUGAGCUAGAAGCAAUCGUCGAUAAAUUAGCCAACGAAAGCCAGAGAGGAUCAUACACGCUGAAGAAGAGUACAGAACCACAAUCUCCAAAAUCGCCUAACGCCAAUUCUGCUUUAAUAAUCAAUACACAACCAGCUCAGAACAACAUUUCACCAGCCGUGGAUGAGUCUGCUCCAGAAGCAAGAAACACAUCACCGACUACUCAAUUAAAUGGCAAUGCUAACAGCAAUGCUAACAGCAAUGCUAACAGCAAUGAUAAUUCUCUCAAUAAUCAGGAUGCAUCUCCGCAAAACACAGUUGUGGCCUCUAAGCGAGUAGAAGAGCUGUACGAUAUUCCAGUUGACGUGGAAUAUGAAAAUGGUACCAAUUUCUCUCUAGGGGCAACGACUGACAACUUGCCACCUGGUGUUUUGUACAGAGUCAAGGCUACUUACAAAUAUAGACGCGAAGACGUGGAUGAAUUGUCAUUUGAUGUCGGUGAUAUUAUUCGUGUGGUAGAGUAUGAUGAUCCAGAAGAACAGGAACAAGGUUGGUUAAUGGGCAUCAAAGAAGAUACUAAUGAAAAGGGUAUGUUCCCAGCAAAUUUCACAAAACCACUGUGAAAGCUUUACUAAAUUCGUCUAUUACACUCCAAUGCUCACUGAAACGGCAUAUUCUAUUUUGAGAAUAGUUACAAUAUUCAAAGUGAGAAUCACACAGUCAUCUGAGGUAUUAUACGUAUGAAAGAAAUAAAUAAUAAAUACACAAUGAGGGGCAAUGGGAAGGGGAAAGGGGUGUGAUGAGAUAGUUAUGCUGGAGGGUACUGUGGAAAAUUAAGCACCCCAAAGUGCCUUAACCCAGCCACUGUCUGUGCCAACAUUCAUUGUUUGUAAUAUGGGAUUUUUCUCCCAUAUCCCAUGUAUGAAUACACAUCAUUAAUAAUCAAAUGAAAUAUUUAAGUAAUUAAAUAAUAUAUUGUAAUACAUCACGCAGUACUAUAAUAUAAAACUUAUAUAUUAAAUUAAUAUUAUUUUAUGAAAGUGUACAUAGAAUUAUACAUUUUAAGAAUA